UCGAAUGUGUAACGCAGCUGGUUGAGUGAAGUAGACCCCAACCAGGCGGGAAACAUGCGGCGAUGAGCAGAGGUCGCGACAGGCCAGUGACCUUCGUCUUCGAGGCCCAAGGGAGGUCGUCUGGCCUCAACAAGUCGACCAUCAACGCACACGUUGCUCGACAGGCACAUCAACGGCGGCGGGAAAAGCAAUCCGCUCUGCGGGCAGAGGGACGCAGCGACGACAACGACGAGAAGAGAACAGCACAGCAGCCGUCUCCGACAGGGACUUCUCCCCCCCGCACAGAAGACUAUGACAGCGGUUACGAGAGCGGCAUCCCCUCCCCGGUGGUCCUGGCGGGGAAUUCUGAUCCAUUCUCGUCCAAGGCCAUCGUCGUCACGCCCGAAGUCAACCGCCUCCUGGUCUUCACGCGGGAUUUCAUUCUCCCCGCAGUGCACGUCAACGAGUCCUCGGUCGCGGGCGGCCGAUUGCACAUAGACCGCUUUUGGAGGGACAGUGUCCGAGGGCUCGACGACGGCGGCGUGGCGGGCUACGCCUACCUCGCGCGCGCGGCGGCGAUUCUCGCGAAUCUGACGCCCCGGGAUCGCUCGAGCAUCAUGGCCCUGCAGUACCUCGGCAAAGCGACGAGCAACCUGAGGAAAUCCAUCAUGGACAGACCCGGCGCGCAGGCCGAUGCGUGGGACGUGUAUGCGCUCUUUUGCGCCGAGAUAGCGGCGGGCAACCUGGAGGCUGCGGCCGUGCAUGGGACGAUGCUGAGGCGACUCCUCCAGCCCGUCGGGAGGACCGUGCACGCCGAGCGACGGCUCUUGAUGGUGGUCUUGCAGCAGGACAUCACACGGGCGUGCCUCUCCCUGACGCGGCCGUCGUUCGACCUGUACCGGUGGGCCGAGGAGAACCUCCCGGCCCGGAUCACCGACGACCUGAACAAGGACGGCAACGAGGACCACCCUUCGGCAUUCCCCUUCUCGUCGGCAGACCUGUCUCCCUCGUUGUCCCCCGCCCUGCGCUCCGUCUUUCUCGGCGUGCGCGAGUGGCUCGACGCCCUGGGCAUCGUCAUGCUCAACCGCAACCUGUUGAACCUCGCACUGCUGAUCAACGGGGCCAUGAAGAUCAUGGUGCUCGAGGGCCACCUGCUCAACCACCAUCUCGACCGCAUGCACGAAUGGGAACUCGCCAGGUCCUCCUCCGCCGCCGCCGCCGCCGCCGCCACGGCGCUGGCCGAGGCCUGCAUGAGCCUGGCCGCGCUGUACUGGGUGCGCCGGGCCGCGCACGAGAGGAUGGACGCGGGCUCGAAGCUCGAGGAAGCCGGCUCGUGGGCCUUUGACAUGAGCCGCGCCGUCGCGACCGCGCUGCGCGACCUCGACGCCCGGAUCCUCCAGCUGGAAACGUCGCCCUUCCGCCCCCCGGCCGAGACGCAGGUGCGGUCGGCCCAAGACAGGCUCUGGUGUUUGUACGUGGGGACCAUGGCCGAGUGCAAUGUCCGCGUGCAGAGGCAGGGGCCGCAGGGGCAGGGCCAGGUCUCCUCGCCGCCCGCGCCCGAGCACGGCGGCUGUGAUUCCGAGGACUGUUGUUACCACGGGCCGCGCCUCGUCCAGCUCGCGACUGCCGAGAUGCGUCUGUCCGCGUGGCCCGAGAUCGAGCGCGUGCUGCAGCGCUACUUGUACAUUGACAUGAUCAGCCUGAAGACGAAAAGAUGGUUCGCGAAUCAAACGUCACGGCCGCCAGGCUUGUUGCUUUCUUGA